AUGAAGGCCCAAACCGCGCGCUGUUCAAAGGCGACGAAGGAUCCGGCGACAAAGCAGCCGGCGACGAAGCAGCAGGCGACAAAACAGCCGGCGACGAAGCAGCAGGCGACGAAGCAGCCGGCGACUAAACAGCCGGCGACGAAGCAGCCGGCGACGAAGCAGCAGGCGACAAAACAGCAGGCGGCAAAACAGCAGGCGAUGAAGCAGCCGGCGACGAAGCAGCCUGCGACAAAGGAGCAGGCGACGAAGGAGCAAGCCGCGAAGCAGGGACCGUCGUCUUCGUCGUCGCCACCCUGCCAAUCGGCUCAAGACCGAUCCAAGAUCUUGAAAGCAGCGCUACUGAACAUGGCGAAGCGGCAGCCCAAGAGCCCCGAGGUGCAUUUCUUCCUCGCGCUGCACUUUCUCCGCGAGCAUCAACCCGCCAAGGCGUUGAGCGCAUUUGAAGCCGCAGCGGCAGCAGUGGCAGCCCUGCCGGAAGAGAGGAUGUCUCAGCCCAGGCGGGACCUGCACUCUGCUGCGCACCGCCACAUGGCGCAGCAAAGCAGCGCCAAGGCACAGGGCAAAGCACAGGUGAAAGAUCAGGUGAAGUUGCAGGCAAAGGUGCAGGCAAAAGGGCAGCUCAAGGGGCCAAGGCGGGGAGUGAAGAUGGAGCACCAAGCGCAGAAAAAAGGGGAGAAGCGGGGAAAGCGAGCAAGAGAGAAGGAAGGGGCAGGGCUGAGUUGCCAUGUGGAAAAGCAUGGAGAGGAACGGGGCCUGCCUGACAUGGACCAGGGGGGUGGUAGUGUCACUGGGAAGAGGAAGUUUGAGGGAGACGGAGCGGUGGAGGGAGGUACGGAUGGGUUGGAUGUGUUGGAUGGGUUAUUUGGACUGGCUGGGUUGGUGGAGGAGGAAGUGGAGGGGAGGGAGGCGAAGCGGGUGUGCAGUGCCCUGGACAUGUUUGCUGCAGUAGCAGACCUAGAGCUGAGGAAGGAAGAGAGGUUGAGGCAGGAGGAGGCGUGCAAGUUGCGUGAAGAGAGUGUGGAACAGGAUGGAGGGGGUCCAUGUGAGGAUGCAGAUGGGGGUAGAUGGGGGGGAGCUUUUGUGGCAGAGGGGAGUGCGAGAGAAGAAAAGGUGGCAAUGAUGGAAGAGGAAAGGAGUGAGGCGGUUGAGGAGGAGGAGGCGGAGGGGGAUGAGGAGGAGGAGGAGAAGGAGGAGGAGGAGAAGGAGCAGGAGGAGGACGUGCCUGGCCUCGUUGGUGCAAUGCAGGCUCUGAAGCUGCAGCCAUCCAGUGCGCCUCUGCGCUUCGCAGCAGCAGCCCACCGCAUCGCCACUGCUGCCAAUGCCCCUCUGCCUCUGGCCCUCGCCUCCCAGCACAUCCGCUGCGGCGUUGCAGAGAUGGCAGAUGCGAUGGGACUGCCGGAACUGACCCAUGUGCCUGAGUGGAUGGCGUGGGACGUGGUGGGGUAUGCACAUGCAGCCCUUGAACGGAGAACGCUCCAGGAGAUUGUGACUAAAACGGGGGCGUUUGUGGUGGAGGCGCGGUUGACUGUAACAGGGUGUUUUGAUGGAGGGAGCGCACAGGAGGGGUUGGCGGGUGAGGAGGAGAUGGAGAGGGGGGGGAAAGGAAAUCGGUUAAUGGCGCUGUUGGUUGGUGCAGCAUCACGGGGAGAGGAUGGGGAUGGAGAGGAGGACGAGGAGAAGAGGUGCAAAGAAGAGGAGGAGGAGGAGGGUUUUGGGAGCAGGGAUGGUGGUGGGAGUGGGGAGGUGGUGAAUGAGGAGCUGGCAUGUGCGGUGGUACAGGCAGAGGAGCUGAAGCUGGCAGCGUGGAAGAAGCAGUCUCUGAUGGCAGCAGCAGGGGCGGGAACCGGAGCCCAUCAGCUGGGCGUGCAUGCACUGCACUCUGCCAUUCACUCACUUGCUUCUGACAUGGAAGAUGGCACCACAAUGGGGGGUGCUGCUGCGGACAUCAGAGAUGCUAAUGGUGCAGUUGAGCUGUCUUCUACGGGGUACUUUGCAGCAGCUCACUCGCACUUCCUCAGAGCUCUCUCACGCCACCAGCAAUCGGCAGGCACAUGGAGUUCCCUAGGCCUCUGCCUACAGCUUUCUGGUCGUCUUGACGAAUCCGAAGCAGCGUAUACCCGCGCUCUGCACUGCCCAUCGUCGCUGCCUCCUCGCCCUUCCACCGACCCAUCUUCUUCUCCUUCCUCUUCUCCUCCUCCUCUACCUCCUUCUCCUCCUGCGGCCUCAUCCCAUGUGACCUGGUCCAACCUUUCUCUCCUUCUGCGCGCCCAGGGCCGUCUCUCUGCUGCCCUCUCAGCUGCACACAACGCCCUCCUCCUCGCCCCCACGCACGGCCCCUCCCUCUGCAGCUUCGCCCUGCUCUCUGCCGCCGCUGGCCGCUGGAACGACGCUGUGGACGCGUUUCAACGGGCGAGUGAGGUGUUUAGAGGAGUACAGGGAGGUGUGGAGAGAGGGGAGGUGGUGGGGGAGGAUGGGGGGGUGAUGGAGGGACGGGGUGAGGUGGGAGAGGGGUGUGGGUCUGGUGUUGGUGAGGUGGUGGGAGUGGGUGAGGCGGUGAGAGAGGCUGUGAGGGUGAAUCUUCAGGUGGCUCUGAAAUGGCAAGCGCAGGCGGAGGAGGAAAGGCAGAAGGUUGAGAAGAAGAGGCAGGAAAGGGAGAGGAAGAAGCAGGAGAAGGAGGAGAGGGAGCGGCGGAAGGCUGAGAGGGUCGCAAGGAAGGAAGCGAAGCGGGUUCGGAAGCAGGAGAGGGUGGAACGGCGGGCGAAGAAGGAGCAGGAGAGGAGAGAAAGGGCAGAGAAGCGUGAGGCGAGGAAGGUGCUGAAAGAGCAGAGGAGGCAUGAGCGAGAAGCGCUGCCGCGGAGCAAACAGGAGCAGCAGAAGCUUCAGCCUGCGGAUCAUUCUGAGCCUCUUGACUCCUUGGGUGCUUCCCCUGCUGCCGCUCCUGCAGCUGUGUCUUCUCCUGCUGCUUCCCCUGCUGCUUCUCCAGCUGCUGCGGUUCCCAAGGCAGCACUUAUGGAUCUGAAUGAGAUGUGCGAUGAUGAAGCAGACGCUCCCUCCUUGAGUGCAACGCCUGCUGAAGCAGCUGCACGUGGUGCUGAGAAUGCCAGGGGUAAUGACGGUUCUGCUGCGGCCUUGCGUCUACCAGAAGAGCAAGGAGCAGUUGUGGCAGUCAGGGGCGAAUCAGCUGGGGGCGCACAACAAAUCGCUGCUCCCAACGCAGCGUCUCAGAGCAAGGACUACCAGUCCUUUGCACACAACGUUGCUGCGUCUGGAUUCUCGUGGGAGGUGUUCAAGCUUCCACGGCCUGUCACGCUCCCCUCGAAUGGUGCCACCCUGCCCGCUGCUGCUGUCACCAUGCCUCCUUUCAGCUCAGGGCCCAACAGCCUGCGGCAGCAGCAGCAGCAGCAGCAGCUCCCGCAGCACUGGCAGCAGCAGCUGCUGCAGCAGCCAUGGCAGCCAUGGCAUGGGCGGCAGCACUUCCAGCAGCAGCAACAGCAGCAGCAGCAAUCGCAAGAGGUGCAUAGGUCCAGCCAAGCUUUGGGUGGGAUGCAACAGUUGAGUCAUGUGGUGCUUGAGACAGAAAAGAGGAAGCGGGGGGCUAAUGGCAUCCCCCAGAUCCUUGGAUCAGCAUUGGACGCGUCUAAGGGUAAUGCACUUGGUCUUAACAAAGGGAGUGCGUUCGCUGGUGGAAACGGUUUUUAUGGAGGUGGUGGUAAUGCAGCAGCGGGCCAGGGGGUUGGACUGAGGUCACAACCACCAGAGGUUACUGUAUCGGAGCAUGCUGCUGAGCGCGCAGUGAAUGGAUUCCACGUGGCGCCGCGCAGUGCAGGAGGUAGGGAUGCGAAGUCAGAUCUUCGACUUCCUGACCUCAAUGAUUGGCUCACUGCAUCUUGA